GUACACCUGGCUCGUCUCGCUCGAGUACCACGGCGGCUUCCACUUCUGUGGCGGCACGCUCAUCGCGCCCGAUUGGGUGCUCACCGCCGCGCACUGCACGCAAGGCACCGUCGGCCGCGUGGCCGUCGGCAUGCAUGUCGUCGCCGACGUGAACACCGACCCGUGCGUCUCCUUGCACGAGGUGGCGGAGAUCUUGAACCACGACUACGGCUCUCCCAAUUCAGAAAGCAACGACGUCUCGCUGCUCAAGCUCGCCACGCCUGUGACCGGCUAUGCGCCCAUCGACUUGCUCGACGGCCCGGGCAUGGACACGCCCUUCCAGGAGCACCUCGCCAUGCUCACCGUCGCCGGCUGGGGCACCAUGUCCUCCGGCGUGUCCUCGCCGGAGGCCAUGGAGGUCGACGUGCCGGUGGUCCAGAAUGAGGACUGCAACGUUGACUACAGUGGCCAGAUUGACGACACGAUGAUCUGCGCCGGCGACACCGUGAAUGGCGGCGAGGACGCGUGCCAGGGCGACUCGGGUGGCCCCCUCUUCGGCAUCGACGCCGACGGCAACUACGUGCUCACGGGCAUCGUGAGCUGGGGCAUCGGCUGCGCCGACGCCGACUUCCCGGGCGUCUACGCGCGCGUCUCCCACGCUAGUGAGUGGAUCUGCGCGAGGACGGACGGCGCGGUCUGUGGAUUCAGCCCGCCCUCGCCGCCGCCUCCCUCGCCGCCACCGCCCUCCCCACCGCCACCCUCACCUCCGCCGCCGUCGCCGCCUCCGCCCUCGCCGCCACCCGCGACGCCGCCACCUCCCCUCGGACCUCUGCUUGGCGCGGACGGACUGACCACCGACGAGACGGAGUCUUCCGUCGCCGCUCUCGUCGGCGUCGGCGUCGGCGCUGCCGUCCUCAUCGGCGCCGCCCUCGCCGCACGACGAGCGAGAUUCCUAAUCAGAUCGAGGCUGUCGGACGGCGACAAC